GAUCUCCAGGUGCAGACAAUCACACGAACCUCAACGCCCUCUUCCACGGUCCUUCAUUCUUCCUCGAUUGCGAGUGUCUCUCUCAUCGACAGAUCAACACCGCAACUAUGGCCGACUCUCCAGUUACCAUCCGAACCCGCAAGUUCAUCACCAACCGACUUCUCUCGCGCAAGCAGAUGGUCGUUGACGUCCUGCACCCCAACCGCCCGAACGUGUCCAAGGAUGACCUGCGCGCGAAGCUCGCCGAAGUUUACAAAUCCAACAAAGACCAGAUCAACGUCUUCGGCAUGCGGACGCAGUACGGUGGCGGCAAAUCCACGGGUUUCGCCCUGAUCUACGACAGCGUCGAGGCCAUGAAGAAAUUCGAGCCCCACUACCGACUUGUCCGGGUCGGCCACGCCACCAAGAUCGAGAAGGCCAGCAGACAACAGCGGAAACAGCGCAAGAACCGGUCCAAGGAGUUCCGAGGCACAGCUAAGACCAAGGGUGCCGCGAAGAAGGACAAGAAAUAAACGUGAAGCUGCGGAGGUGAUGGUUGUGCUUCUGGCGCCGGCACAGCGAGACGAGGCGAGGCGAGAAUGGUCUAUGCUGCAAGGCACUCGCCUCCUUCUCCUUUGCUCUGAGAAGGCCGAGGUCAUCGAUGAGAUCAAAUACGGCCGGUCAGAGUUUGAAUGGUCCAGCCGUUGGGAUUCGGCACCAGUCUACAGAAGGCCAGCUAUUGUGCUUUGAAAGUUUCAACGAUGGGCUACCGGCGCAUGAGAUCCAUAUGCAUUGAAUUGAAAUCAAUUGUGAAUCAAGAAGAGCCUCUAAAAAC